CUGCCAAGCAAAUGAGAGACUACCUAGGCUCCAGCAUUACAGAUGCAGAGGUUAGUGCUGAAGUUGAAGACCUGCUUGCUUUUGAGACCACACUGGCAAAGCUCAUGGUCGAUGCGGGUGCCGACAAUGUUACCGAACUCCUCGAAAGGAUGACCGUGGAUCAAGUCCAAGCUGCGCUUGACUCGCAAACUCCAGGACAGUUCAACUUGCUGGAAUACAUCCGUUUGGUGUUCGAGCCGUCUUCUGUGACCAUCACAGCGGACGAAGUGAUAUACCUUGAGGAGGGUGUCGACUACAUCUCACGAUGGAGCACGCUGCUCUCAGAAACCCCUACGAGAGUUCUCGCAAAUUUCAUGUCAUGGAUGUGGGUUCUUCAGCUUGGAACUCAGACAACCUAUGCAAUGCGGAAAAUUAGCAGUGACUUCGAAGAAAUCUACUUCGGAGCCAAACUUGAUCAGUUUCCAAGAGCUGACUUCUGCAGGAUAGAGAUGAACCAGGACUUGGGCUUCGUGCUCUCCAGGGCCUACGUUGACGAGUUCUUCCCAGCUGGAGCCAAAGAAGAAAACGAGCAGCUCGUCGAGGACGUCCGUUCUUCGUUCAAUGCUAUGUUCGACGAGAACACAUGGCUCACUCCAGAGGACCUCGUCACAGCCAGAGAGAAGCUACAGGCAGUCGAAAGUAUCGUCGCUUACCCCGAAUGGAUUAUGGACGAUGCCACCUUCACGGCAGCCUAUGAAGGGUUGGAGAUCGUCGCUAACGAUCAGUUCGGUAAUCUCGUGCACAUUGGACAAUAUAUGGAGCUUUACGAGUGCGAAAUCUUCAGGACUGAACCGCAAACAAAAUUCAUAUUGCCUCCUACGGUGGUCAACGCCUUCUACUAUCCUACGACCAACUCUAUAACGAUCUUGGCGGGUAUCCUGCAGAUUCCGUUCUACCAACACAACUCCCUUGCCGCCCUCAACUACGGGGGCAUCGGCAUGAUCAUCGGCCACGAGCUUACACACGGCUUCGAUAAUUCAGGAAGAAAUUAUGACAAGGACGGAAACCUGGCGCUGUGGUGGAGUCAGGAGUCCAUACAGGCUUUCAACGAGCGCGCCCAGUGCUUCGUCGACCAGUACGAUGCCUUCCACCCUCCUGAGGUGGCCGACCCCACAGUCAUGGUUGACGGUCAACAAACCCUUGGAGAGAACAUAGCCGACAACGGUGGAAUUCGCGAGGCGUUCCUCGCCUACCAGCGCUACGUGGACCGCAACGGCGUCGAGCCCGCGUUGCCCGGCCUCGACGAGUUUACCUCAGAACAGCUCUUCUACCUCGAGUUUGCAAACUUAUGGUGCGAGAGCAGGACUGAAUCCAGCAUCAUGAGACAGCUGCGUAGCGACGGACACUCGCCCGGUCGAUUCCGAACCCUCGGAACGCUUGGCAACGAUGCAGAAUUUUCUCGAGUCUGGAAAUGCCCCGCAGGCUCCAAAAUGAACCGCGGGGACCAAAGCUGUGUGCUGUGGUAAAUAUAUCAAUGAUAAAUGGUCAUGAUUAAGCAAUAAUAUUCUAAGUAGCACUAAUCAUCUCUGCAAAUACUUAUGUUGUAAUUUUGUGCAAUCGCUUGGCCAACGAUACCAUGUAUUGAGAGAUUUUUCAUUGAACACUGUUUAUGUACUUAUAACUUAUCUGCAUUCAGUCUUAGAAUUAUAGUUUAUUUGAUAUCGUAGUAGCACGACAUCUACAUUAAUUACUUCAAUUGUAAAUUGUUCGUCGCUGAAGUCGCGAAAUAGUCUUAUAAAUAUAAAAAUUCAAAUUUUAUUCAUUAACUUUAUUGAACA